UUCAGUAGUAGAGAGUCGCGCGGUCAUACUACACGCGCGCCACCUCCGUCGAACGACGAACGUAAAACGCGCCGCGCGAGUUGACUCACCGGCCGCGGCACCACACGGUAAUACCUGUGACGGACGCGGACACGGGGACUUACGCUAGCCACUACACUUAGAUCAACACAAUCAAGGGACCGGCGUUGACGCAACACGCGCGGGAAAUAUCUUGAAUAAAUUAACGCUCAGCUGAUGUUGACAGCGUGUACGAUCCACACGUAGCAUACAUAGAUCGUUGCGCUUCUAAGAACAUCGACCGGAACCAUUAAUCCGAAUGCUUGGCCAGAAUUUGGAUGGUUUAACGCUAAACUUUACCUUCGUGAGUCACCUAAAAUGACGAAAGUUAAGUUGAAACAGAAAUCUCCAAGGUCUGUUAUUGCAAAGUAGUGCGUUGAAUCGUCGAAUCGAGGAAAGAAUUAUAUAAAUAUUCUCGAUUGUAGCACACAUACAAAGACAUUAUAAUUAUAUGUGUGUUUAAUAGUUAAGUGAAUAUGUGCGUAUUGUUUAUUUAAGGUUAAAGAAGUAUCUCGAAGACUUAUUAAAUAUAUUUGGACUUUUUUCUUCAACGGAGAGACUGAGGGUAAACAUAUAUUUUCAAAGAAAUUCCACCUAAUCUUUACAACAAAGCGAAUCCUCUGUCAAUUCAAUUUCAACCGCGCAAGAGACGCAAAGUGCUUUUUAUUGGAAGAGUGCCAACAAUCAGCUCUUGGGACAAACAAUAAAUUAGUCAUCAGUCAAUAAAACAUAGUAAAUUUCGACUGUGCCGCUAACGCCACCAGAAUCUUAGCCAGUCGACCUUGGUGUAUGAGAAAGCGAUAGUUUUACGUGGUGAGAUAUACAUUGACGUACGAGUAUCGCCGACGGUUGUCGUUAGCGGUAGUGAAGUAGCGUGUGAUGUUGUGACGAUGCACCUGCCGUAUGAGUCGCGAGGCCGACGGCGCCGCGAUAUGGCGGAGCUGGAACCUUGUUGGAUGCAGACCAUCAUUGAGAACACUAGAGCUGAACACCCAGAUCUCGUACCAACUGGCAGCCCUGACUACAUGUGCUCAGUGUUACCACAGCACUGGCGGUCGAACAAAACGUUACCUGGCGGAUUCAAGGUGGUGGCCCUGGGAGACGUGGUCGAUGGUACGCUGGUCACCGUCAGGGCUGGCAACGAUGAAAAUUGUUGUGCAGAAUUGAGAAAUAACUCGACAGUAAUGAAAAAUAGCGUCGCUAAAUUUAACGAUUUAAGGUUCGUCGGAAGAAGUGGCAGAGGGAAAAGUUUUUCUCUAACAAUAACAAUAUCAACGAAUCCACCUCAAGUAGCAACAUACCAAAAAGCAAUCAAAGUCACCGUCGAUGGGCCGCGGGAACCACGGUCUAAAACAAGUACAAACGUAUCCCCUCAUCCAAUUCGGAGUUUCGGGUUUCAACGAACGCUGAUAGACUCGGCACUUAGAGAUAUGGAAUACAAAAGCUCGCCAGUCAGAAGUAUACGCUCGCUAUCGCACGAAGAGAGAGAAUACAAGACAAAUGCGAAUCUGCCUGUGGGAGAGAGUAGUGGCAACAUCCUGGGUGCCAGCGAGUGGAACACAGGGUACUCUUCAACGGCACCCGUGUACCCGACCUAUGGGGCCUUACAGCCGUCGUACUAUAAACCUGAGCCUGCUGCUAUACAUUUACCUACAGUAUUACCAGAAAUUCCGUUGGGACACUCAGAGUACGGCGGCUACCAAAGCAGUGCAGCGAGUUUCAAAGGCAGCCCCAGCGGUACUGGUCCAGCCCUCACAGACCUGAACACUCCCACCAUGCCAGCGCAGCGCUACGACUCAACCUAUUACAAUACCUGGCCCACAAAUAAUUACAACUACAACAACUACCAAUACAACAAUAUAAAUAACAACACAGCUUGCCUACAAUCCCAUACGCCAUAUAUAAAUCCUAACCCACAAAUGAUCAUGCCGAACCUUUAUUCAACAGUGAAUCAGAAUCAGAUUCACGUGCAUUUACAUAGUUCUAUCGAUAAACAUAAUUUGGAGCAGUAUAUUCCAAGUGAGAUUAAAAUUAGCGAUAUCGAUGGUGGCAUAUCAAUAACUACAGAACUACAGGGCAACGCGGAAGGAGCAGGGCUGGUGCAAUCUUGCGAGUCAAAUGAGGAAGCUAAACACGGUCUAUACGGCUCUGCAAGUCAAGAAGUAUGGCGACCCUAUUGACAGUUCGCCUCUUCCUUCGAGGAUAACCAACAUUCCGUUGUACAUAUUGUGAUAUAGAUGUGAAAACUUUUAAAUAAUUAUGUAUUUGUAUAGAAAUAUUAAUGUUAAACAUUAAUUAGAUAAAUGUUAUUUGUUAAUAAACGUACGAGAGGAGGCUGAUAAGUUCGCGGCCUCAGGUGCCUAAUGAAUGAUAAAUAUAGUUUUAUAUUUUUUUUAUUUUUUAAUAAUUCCAAUCGUCGCUGAUUGUCGAGAUGUGUGAGCAUUCGCGGUACCCAACGCGCUCUAAUUUUUUUUCUUUAUAAAGGUCCAUGUAAAAUCUUUCUAAUUCAUUUCUUACGAGUACUAACAUGUAGUUCUUCUGCUAUCUGCCACAGUUUAAUUCUUCGAUCAGUUAGUACUAACUGUUCAACUUUUUAACUCUUUAGUCACUACCAUUACUGGGCGUCCCGGGUAGAGAUCGCCUUCACACGUCACAAAGUAGCCGAGUCCAUUUUUUACCAUCGUAUAUGAAGGUGCAUAAUCCUGAAGAACCAUUGAUAUUUCUUUAAAAAUUUGUUUUGGUUUAGUUCCUUUUUUAACAAGGAAUGUAAUUACAGCGCAGCACUCCAAGAUGCGAAAAUUUCCACAUUCUUCUGACAUGAUGUUAUUAAUUGUUCCAGGGAUUGAGUGUUAAUGAACUAAGUACAAAAAUAGGGUAUUAUUUAUAUUUAUAAGGAGUCACGCAAUUAGUAUUAUCAAUAAGGAGAUGUUGAGUCAUCGCUAAGUACUUAAGUCGCUAACUUAUCAGCCGCCUUUCGUACCUAUUAAAUCAAAUAGUAAGAUAUUAAAUUAAUCGACCAAUU